CCGGCCCCGCCGAGCCAUAAAACCCAUGGGGAGGCGGCGGCGGCCGGGCUGAGCGAGGCCGGACCCCGGGGCCCCCCCGAGCAAGAUGACGUCAGCCACCAAGGUGUACUACAGUCAGACGACGCAGACCGACAGCCGCCCGCUCAUCGGCUCGGGGCUGCGCCGGCGCCGGGUGAUGACCAAGGAUGGCCGGAGCAACGUGCGGAUGGAGCACAUCGCCGACAAGAGCUUCCUGUACCUCAAGGACCUCUGGACCACCUUCAUCGACAUGCAGUGGCGCUACAAGCUCGUCCUCUUCUCCGCCACCUUCGCCGGCACCUGGUUCGCCUUCGGCGUCGUCUGGUACCUGGUGGCCGUGGUCCACGGGGACCUCCUGGAGUUCGACCCUCCCGCCAACCACACGCCGUGCGUGAUGCAGGUCCACACCCUCACCGGCGCCUUCCUCUUCUCCCUGGAGUCCCAGACCACCAUCGGCUACGGCUUCCGCUACAUCAGCGAGGAGUGUCCCCUGGCCAUCGUCCUGCUCAUCACCCAGCUGGUCCUCACCACCAUCAUGGAGAUCUUCAUCACCGGCACCUUCCUGGCCAAGAUCGCCCGCCCCAAGAAGCGCGCCGAGACCAUCAAGUUCAGCCAGAAGGCGGUGGUGGCCCAGCACAACGGGAAGACCUGCCUGAUGAUCCGCGUGGCCAACAUGCGCAAGAGCCUCCUGAUCGGCUGCCAGGUGACGGGCAAGCUCCUCCAGACCCACCUCACCAAGGAAGGCGAGAGCGUCCGCCUCAACCAGGUCAACGUGGACUUCCAGGUGGACACCUCCUCCGACAGCCCCUUCCUCAUCCUCCCGCUCACCUUCUACCACGUGGUGGACGACUCCAGUCCCUUCCGGGACGCGGCCCUGCGGGCAGGCGAAGGGGACUUCGAGCUGGUGGUCAUCCUCAGCGGCACCGUGGAGUCCACCAGCGCCACGUGCCAGGUCCGGACGUCCUACCUGCCCGAGGAGAUCCUCUGGGGAUACGAGUUCACCCCGGCCAUCUCCCUCUCGGCCAGCGGCAAGUACGUGGCCGACUUCAGCCUCUUCGACCAAGUGGUGAAGGUGACAGCACCCUGCUGCCUCCACGAGACCGUCCGGUUCGGGGACCCCGAGAAGGUGAAGUUGGAGGAGUCCCUGCGGGAGGCGGCGGAGCGGGAGCGGGAGCAGGAGCGGGAGGGAGCACCCCUGAGCGUCCGCAUCAGCAACGUCUGAGUCACCCGAGGGUGACACCGACCCCUGGAGUGACACCGACCCCUGGGAGUGAAACCAGCCCCGGAGAUGCCACCAGCCCCUGGAGGUACCACCAGUCCUGGAGAUGCCACCAGUCCUGGAGAUGCCACCAAACCUGGAGGUGCCACGAGCCCCUGGGAGUGCCACCAGCCCCUGGAGGUGUCACCGUCCCCGAAGAUACCACCAGCCCCUGGAAGUGUCACCAGCCCCUGGGAGUGUCACCAGCCCCUGGAGAUGCCACGAGUCCCAGAGGUGCCACCAGCCCUGGAGAUGCCACCAGCCCUGGAGAUGCCACCAGCCCUGGAGAUGGCACCAACUCUUCCCCGUCCCCUGUCCUCAUGGCACGGGGCAGGUCCCUUGGGGACCCCCCCCCUGUGCCCCUCCCCUGAUG